UCGCCCUACUAAAUGCUGUACUUUUGAGCUUGCCAUGCAUAGUCGACAUACUUUGUCCUUUUCAAAACCCACCCCAAUGAGCAUAUGAACAACGGCGUGUCGCAUAACAGUACCUAGACGCUAGACGCUGGACAAGCUACACACAUCAGACCAUCCAAAUUUCAUUGGGGAACGCUCGACAAUGCGGCAGUCUCGAGAAGUUACAACAUUCCUCAGCUUACCCGCUGCAUUGCGAGAGCGAAUCUACGCCGAGGUUCUGAUAUCACUCGAGCAAGGCCCAGAGAUACUCCGCAGUUGCCGCCAGGUUGAAAGAGAAGCUCGGAAGUUCUUAUACCAAAGACCCGUCAACUUUCCGACUCAACUUUCAUUGUAUGAAUGGUUAGAUGCAACGCCUGACAACCUCCUCGCACAGGUUAUCGAUAUCUCAGUGGCAGUCCAAGAUAUCAAUCUUCGAUCCAUACUACAUCCUCACGCGUCGACUCUGCUAUCACCUGGCCCUCCACGACUGCUUACCUGGGAUCUGUACGAGGCGGAAGUCAGUCGAUUCACGUUGGCGUUAGAGAGGCUGCCGCACGUUAAGACAAUUGCUAUCCAAGCAUCUUCGAACUCUCCAUCUCACCUUUAUGACGAGUUCGUGUCUAAGGUCUUGAUAGAGUCGAGGUCGAAAUUGCCGGAUGCCAGAGUAGUACAUGUCGUAAAUCUGGGUUCGCAUAAUACAGCGGAGUAUUGAAUAAGCCGCGAACUGGCUGUUCAACAUCGACGGAGGCUUUACAGGGUUCGGGCUGAUCCCACCGUUGGAAAAAUUGGCCUCUUCAUUGGUUCGGUUCAUCGCGAGGCUGAUGAAACUAACGGACGCCUACCGAACCUUGAUGCAGAGGCAGUGUGAUCUUCGCAGAGAUCUGAUGCAGGAGCGUAUCGAUACCCAAGCUGUCAGGCAUCGCAUGGAAGCAUCCUAU